GCAGGCACGCGGAGGACAUCUUUGGCGAGCUGUUCAAUGAAGCCAACAGUUUCUACAUGCGGAUGAACUCGCUGCAGGAGAGGGUGGACCUGCUGGUCAUCAAGGUGACGCAGCUGGACUCCACCGUGGAGGAAGUUUCGCUGCAAGACAUCAACAUGCGGAAAGCCUUCAAGAGCUCCACGGUGCAGAACCAGCAGGUUGUGUCUCGCAACUCCAUCCCCAACCCGGUGAUGGAGAUGUACCAGCGCUGCGACAAGCCCCCGCCGCUCAACAUCCUCACGCCCUACAGGGAUGACAAAAAGGAUGGCCUCAAGUUCUACACCGACCCCUCCUACUUCUUCAACUUAUGGAAAGAGAAAAUGUUGCAGGCGACAGAAGAUAAGAGAAAGGAGAAGCGCAGGCAGAAGGAGCAGCGGCUGGUGGAGGACUCCACCCGGGAGGUGAAGAAAGUGAGGAAAGCCCGCAACCGGCGCCUGGAGUGGAACAUGAUGGCAUAUGAUAAAGAGUUCCGACCUGAUAACAGGUUCUCACCAUCCCCCUAUCACAUGGCGUCAUCGGAAGGAUCACUGUCCCCUGAUAAUAG